AUUAUCCGAAACGCCAUUAAGAGGCCAUCGCCUGGACUUCUUUGCGUGGUUUGUGGCGACACAUCCAGUGGUAAACAUUACGGCAUUCUUGCGUGCAAUGGUUGCAGCGGUUUCUUCAAACGCAGUGUCCGAAGAAAACUCAUCUAUAGAUGUCAAGCGGGAACUGGAGGUUGUGUUAUAGAUAAACAACAUCGAAAUCAAUGCCAAUCUUGUCGUCUCAAAAAAUGUCUAACAAUGGGAAUGAAUAAAGAUGCCGUACAAAAUGAAAGGCAACCGAGAAAUACAGCAACCAUAAGACCAGAGAGUUUGCUCAACGAUAGUGAGAGUGAAAGACUAAUAAGAGAUGGAGUGGCGGCUACUGUGGCCGCUGUGUUCGCUGCCGGCACUGGAGUUCGUUCGUUAGCCAACAGCCGGUGUCCUAAUAUAGGAUUUUCUCAACAAAACAAAUUAAAUUCUGAGAUAAGAAAUUCAAUAAAUAAAAGUGAAGACCAGUUGGAGGACAACACCAAGGAUAUGGAGAGGAAUCGUACAAUGAGUGCACAUUUUGAUUACAGUAGUAGUGGUUUAGGACAGCAUUACCUGAACGUCAAUCCAAUGGGCGCUCUGUCGUCGUUGAGCUAUUCUGUAGGAUCUGAUCAGGCAUUCAAUGCUAUGAUUCAGUGCACAUCAGAGUCCAUAUAUGAAACAUCGGCACGACUUUUGUUUAUGGCCGUCAAAUGGGCUAAAAAUUUACCCUCAUUUGCAAACCUCACAUUUAGAGACCAAGUUAUUCUUCUGGAGGAAUCGUGGGCUGAGAUAUUUCUGUUGAGUGCAAUCCAAUGGUGUAUACCAUUAGAAAAGUGUCCGCUGUUCUCAAUAACAAGUAUACCCGACGGCAGCGAACACUCCAGUGAUAUUCGGGUCCUUAACGACGCUCUUAAUAGGUUUCGUAACACUGGUGUAGACGCGGCUGAGUUCGCCUGUUUGAAAGCACUCGCACUUUUCAAACCAGAGGGAAGAGGUCUGAAAGACAUAAACCGAAUUGAGCACAUGCAGGACCAAGCACAACUGAUGCUUUUGCAACAUGUUAAAGCUCACAAUCCUACUAAUCCAACAAGAUGCAGCGAAAAGUAA